UACUGAAUUUCCCUCAAAAAUUGAAAUUUCAAGGGAUUUACGCCAAAAAUUCAUCAAAUUUGUGUCGCAAAAGUUCGAAAAACCACCCAGAAGUCGAAUUUCAAUGAAGAUUAUUCCAAAAAUCCUUCAAUAAGCCAAAAAAUCGUUCAUCGCAGCAAUCGUUUAGUAAUCGUUGCAACUUCCAGCAAUGGAUCGCGUUGGAAAAACUCGAAAUCGCUCGAGAUCCCGUGAUAGAUACGACCGACAGGAUGUCAAAAAGCGUCGUUCUCGCUCCAAAGAGCGCCGAUCUCGUUCGAAAGAGCGCGAAAGACGUUCCCGCUCCAAAGAAAGAAAUCCCGAGAGAAGAAGGUCUCGUUCGCGGGACCGAAAGGAACGAGAAAAGAAGAAAACUGAAGCGAAAGUGAAGGAUGAGAAACCGGUAAAAGAGGAAAAUGAGGAAAAACCGGAAGUAAAACAAGAAAAAGUUGAAAAAAAGGAACCUUUAUCCUUGGAAGAGUUACUGGAGAAGAAAAAAGCUGAAGAAUUGGCACGCAGCAAACCAGUUUUCAUCACAAAAGAGCAGCGUAUCGCUGAAGCACUGAAAAGACGUCAAGAAGAAGUCGCCGCGAUGAAAGCAGCUCAAGCUUCUGUCCCUAAAUUUGGCGAUGUGCCAGUUAAUCAGUUGCUUCGGGAGCGUGAAAGAAAGGAUCGCGACGCUUUGGACAAGUACGAUCGUCGCGAUCGAGGUCGUCGUGAAGAUAUCGAGACCCGAAAAGCCCUGGAAGAAGGCACGAAGGACAAAGAACGCGAAGUUGAGGCGAUUAAAGAGCGUUAUUUGGGCAUCGUGAAGAAAAAACGUCGCGUUCGACGCCUAAACGACCGAAAAUUCGUCUUUGACUGGGAUGCGAACGAAGACACGUCAAACGAUUACAACCAAAUUUACAAGGAACGUCAUCAUAUUCAACUUUUUGGGCGCGGAAACAUCGCUGGCAUCGAUGUCAAGGAACAAAAACGCAAACAGAGCAAAUUCUACGGGGACUUGCUCGAGAAACGGCGCACCGACGCGGAAAAAGAACAAGAAAAAGUCCGCUUGAAGAAGGUCAAACGCAAGGAGGAGAAGCAAAAAUGGGACGAUCGUCACUGGACCGAGAAGGAAAUCGACGAAAUGACGGAGAGGGAUUGGAGAAUUUUCCGCGAGGAUUAUAACAUUACCAUCAAAGGUGGCAAAAUCCCGAACCCCAUUCGAAAUUGGGCGGAAUCCGGUUUCCCCAAAGAAGUGCUGGAUAUUAUUGAAAAAGUUGGGUACAAAGAACCGACGCCCAUUCAACGUCAAGCGAUCCCCAUUGGACUGCAAAAUCGCGAUAUUAUUGGUGUGGCAGAGACGGGAUCCGGUAAAACGUUGGCUUUUCUUAUUCCGUUGCUCUCGUGGAUUUGUACGUUGCCCAAAAUUGAUCGUCAAGACACCGCAGAUCAAGGUCCUUAUGCGAUUAUUUUGGCUCCGACACGUGAAUUGGCGCAACAAAUCGAAGAAGAAACCAUUAAAUUUGGUACGCCGCUCGGAAUUCGCACAGUUGUCGUCGUUGGAGGUCUCUCGCGUGAAGAUCAAGGCUUUAAAUUGCGUCUCGGAUGCGAAAUUGUCAUCGCCACGCCAGGUCGUCUCAUUGACGUGCUCGAAAAUCGUUAUUUGGUCCUGAAUCAGUGCACGUAUGUCGUUAUGGAUGAAGCCGAUCGCAUGAUUGACAUGGGUUUCGAGCCAGAUGUGCAAAAAAUUCUCGAAUUUAUGCCUGUGACGAACGUCAAACCCGAUACAGAUGAGGCGGAAGACGCUUCCGUGCUCAUGGCGAACUUCAAUACACGGAACAAGUAUCGGCAGACUGUUAUGUUUACCGCAACGAUGCCGCCGUCGGUCGAACGCUUGGCAAGAACUUACUUGAGACGUCCCGCAACCGUUUAUAUUGGCAGUAUUGGUCGCCCAACGGAGAGAACGGAGCAAAUUGUGCACAUGACAACUGAAAAUGAGAAACGGAAGAAGCUCAUGGAUAUCCUUUCGCGUAAAGUUGAGCCUCCGAUCAUUAUUUUCGUUAACCAGAAGAAGGGCGCGGACAUUCUCGCUAAAGGUUUGGAAAAAUUGGGAUAUAACGCAUGUACCUUGCAUGGCGGCAAAGGACAGGAACAACGUGAAUUUGCAUUGGCUUCGCUCAAAAACGGCAGUAAAGACAUUCUCGUUGCUACAGAUGUCGCCGGGCGUGGUAUUGACAUCAAAGACGUUAGUAUGGUCAUCAAUUAUGACAUGGCGAAAACUAUUGAAGAUUAUACGCAUCGUAUUGGUCGAACAGGUCGCGCAGGCAAAAAUGGAAUUGCUAUUUCCUUCAUUACGAAAGACGAUUCUCCGCUUUUCUACGAUUUGAAGCAAAUUAUUUUGUCAAGUCCGAUUUCUUCGUGCCCACCGGAGCUGAUGAACCAUCCGGAAGCGCAACACAAACCUGGUACUGUUGUCACCAAGAAACGACGAGAAGAGAAGAUUUUCGCUUAAAUUGUCUUUUUGUCAUGAUUUUCGUUAAAAUAAAAAAUAAAAUAAU